GAGAAGAGAAGAGAAGAGAAGAGAAAAGAAAAGAAAAGAAAAGAAGAGAAGAGAAGAGAAGAGAAGAGAAGAGAAGAGGAAAGAAGAGCCAUGGGUCCCCAGUGAAGCAGCCUGAGGGGAGUGUUUCUCUCUCACACACCCACUGCCUGCUGCUCUGGUCUGGGAGAAGAUCUUGGCGGCGUCCCGGGAGGUUGGUCACUGAGCCCCAGGGGAGAGGGUGCCUGCCACCCAGCAUCAGCAGCUCGUGAGACGCGUCCAGCUUCACAGUGGCCAUGGGGGAGUGGACCAUCCUGGAGCGCCUCCUGGAGGCUGCUGUACAGCAGCACUCCACUAUGAUUGGGAGGAUCCUGCUGACAGUGGUGGUUAUCUUCAGGAUCCUGAUCGUGGCCAUCGUUGGGGAGACCGUGUACGAGGAUGAGCAGACCAUGUUCAUCUGCAACACCAUGCAGCCCGGGUGCAACCAGGCGUGCUACGACAAGGCCUUCCCCAUCUCACACAUCCGCUACUGGGUGUUCCAGAUCAUCCUGGUGUGCACGCCCAGCCUGUGCUUCAUCACCUACUCUGUGCACCAGUCGGCCAAGCAGCGCGAGCGCCGCUACUCCUUCCUCUACCCGAUGCUGGAGCGGGACUACGGCCGGGACGGGGCGCGUAGGUUGCGCAACAUCAACGGGAUCCUGGUGCAGCACCCAGAUGGAGGAGGGGGUGGGAAGGAGGAGCCAGACUGCCUGGAGGUGAAGGAGAUCCCCAACGCGCCGCGGGGGCUGACGCAGAGCAAGAGCUCCAAGGUGCGCCGGCAGGAGGGCAUCUCACGCUUCUACAUCAUCCAGGUGGUGUUCCGCAACGCACUGGAGAUCGGCUUCUUGGCCGGCCAGUACUUCCUGUACGGUUUCAGCGUGCCGGGCAUCUUCGAGUGUGACCGGUACCCCUGCCUGAAGGAGGUGGAGUGCUACGUGUCACGGCCCACUGAGAAGACAGUCUUCCUGGUGUUCAUGUUUGCGGUGAGUGGCAUCUGCGUGAUCCUCAACCUGGCCGAGCUCAACCACCUCGGCUGGCGCAAGAUCAAGGCGGCCAUUAGGGGCGUGCAGGCGCGCCGCAAGUCCAUCUGUGAGGUCCGCAAGAAGGACAUGUCCCACCUCUCACAGCCGCCCAACAUGGGCAGGACUCAGUCCAGCGAGUCGGCCUACGUCUGAGCCCCCUGCCUGGGGCUCCUCAGGAGGGGUCACGGAUGCAGCAGAAUGAAUGGGUGGAUGGGCGAAAGGAAUGAAGGAAUGUAAAAUGGACAAAGAUGGAAGAAAACUGCUUGAGCCUUGGCAGAGAUUGUCUGUGUCACAGAGGAAGGUAGAUGGAAGGGCAGUGAGCUGUGAAAUGCCUUUUUUCCUAAGAUGGUGAGACUGGCACAGGUUGGCACCACCAGGCGUGGGCACAGGUUGGCACCACCAGGCGCUGGCGUUGAUUGGAUCCAUCAUGCACAGUGUGUCAGACAGAGGCUAUGGCAGCCCGGAGGAGCCAUUUCAGCAUUUCUCCCAUUUCCAGCAUUAAAGUGGAGGAUGAAUAAACAA